AUGGCUCUCACCGGCUCUCACCUGCGCGUGGCCGCCGGGCUGUGGGUUCCCUUCGUCAUGUUCGAAGACCACGAGGACGGGACCUUCACCACCACGGGGCUGCUCAUAGACCUUAUGGACAUCUUCGCAAGCAAACUCAACUUCACGUAUUCGGUGUUGAAAUCCGUGGACGGCGAGUGGGGUCGACUUCACGCCAACGGCUCUGCGACGGGAAUGAUUGGCAUGUGUCAGAGGAAGGUCUGGGUGACUCUGCUGAUCCUCCUCUCGUCGAGCAUGGGUCUGGGUGCCAUCAUCAACUGGCUCUCCGUCCGCUGGUCCCUCCCUGGCACUCGGUCUCUGGCACGAGGCGGCAGGACCAAGCCGAUCUUCCAGCCCAGUUGGAUUCUAAAGACGCUCCUCAUGGAACCAUUGUCAGCAUUGCCAACUUCCCUCACCGGACGUGUCUUCAUGGGAACCUGGAUGGUGGUCUCUCUCAUCCUGAGCUCGGCCUAUCAAGGGAUUCUAACCUCUCUGUUAGCUGUGCCGAAGGUCGAAGUUCCCGUAGACUCCUUGCAGGAUCUCCUAGACUAUGGCAGGAUGCCUUGGUCUGUCGAGUAUGGCACUGCCUUGCACCAACUGUUCGGGGAUGCAAAAUCAGGCUUCUACAAGAAGAUUCACGAUGGCAGCUUCCUAGUAACUAGCAGCUUCGAAGAGCGAGAGCGAAUGAAAAAAGAACGAUUUGCUAUUCUCUGUGAUUUCUUCUCCAUGAAGUUGAUUAUGAGUGACGACUACGGCAAGACGGGGGAAUGCAGUUAUUACAUCGCCAAGGAAGUGAUCUGGUCAGCAUCCAUGGCCUUUGUCUUUCAGAAGAACAGUCCUGUCACCAAACACUUCAAUAAAUGGAUAGUGAUGAUGCGGGAGUCCGGGCUGGUGGACCGCUACCUGCAGGAAGCCACCACCAACGUGACGGCAUGCAUGGUUGCGCCGGGCGAGGAGGCGGGCAAAGGCAGCUCCCUCGUCCUCUCUUUCCUGGAUCUCGGGGGCGUCUUUCUCUUCAUGUUUGGAGGCGCAGCUCUCGGCAUCGUCUUGUUCGUCGCAGAGAAGAUUAGUGAGAAGUUCCACGGAAGUCGCAAAGGUCAUGUGGAACAAGAGUAUUUUAAAGUUUUCGAUGACUUGCCUACACUGUUGGACAUCCGUUGUAACUUCCCCGUUAAGAAAUAG